AUGGUGAUCUCCUUCGAUGACUGCGACCUGGGAGACUACCGAGAAGAGCAUCAUGAUUCAUUAGUGAUAUCCCUUACAAUUGGCAAUUGCUUGCUGCGAAGAGUGUUAUUCGACAGACGAAGCUCAGCUAAUUUCCUCUUCAAAAGUACCCUAGAAGACAUAGGAACCGACACCAGAGACGUCGUCAGAAAGUCAACUGUUCUUGUAGGUUUCAGCGGAGAAGCCCUCAAUACAACUGGAGAGAUCGUGCUACCUACAUAUGCUCAAGGUGUCAACCUGUCAACGCACUUCAACGUCGUGGAUUGCCCGUUGGCCUACAAUGCCAUCAGCAGUCGAACUUGGAUCCAUAAGAUGAAAGUUAUCCCCUCAACAUACCAUGAAACUUAA